GCAAUUGUUUUGUUUUGGGAAUCUCUGCGGCCUUCCUCUGUCCUUCUGAAUAACCUAGAGCACCGGAGAAGACGAUUAUGGCGGUUCCCGGCAGGCGCAACGGCAUGGUAGACGAAGACGAUUACGAGGAAGAUAAUGCCCUCUUUGAAGAGGAUGGUGUCAUGGAAUUCGAUUCUGAUACGCCACCACACCUCCGCCCCCUAGCUACCGCCGCCCAGCUCGGCGACGUUAAUGGCCUGCGCUCCGCUCUAGAUAACUUGACAAUGGGAAGUAUAGAUGAUGCUGUGGAAGAUGGGGAUACAGCUCUCCACCUUACUUGUCUCUACGGCCAUCUGCCAUGUGUCCAGUUACUGCUGGAAAGAGGGGCAAACUUGGAGGUUGAAGAUGAGGAUGGUGCCAUUCCUUUGCAUGAUGCUUGUGCAGGGGGUUUUUUAGAGAUUGUUCAACUCCUAAUUAACAGUGCUAACAACACAGACUGCCUGAAGAGGAUGCUAGAAUCAGUCGAUGCAGAAGGUGACACUCCUCUUCAUCAUGCCGCAAGAGGCGAGCAUGCUGCAGUUGUAAGGUUACUGCUAGCUUCAGGGGCAUCUCCCACCAAGGAAAAUACAUACGGGAAGGCCCCGACUGAACUUGCCGAUCCUGGGACGGAGGCCAGGACGAUUUUGGAGGCUGCCUCGGCCCAAUUCGCGAUGGGGUGUCAGUAAGGCCUCAUCUGAUAGGUGCUUAAAAUGGCUUCAGGAUUUCUUUGGGCUUUGAUAGUUUUGGUUUUAGUCUGUAAACUUUGUUCAUAGCGUUGCAGUUUCCAUCUUUCCCAGAGGCAUUCUUGUUUAUUCUGCACAGAAUUGCUAUAAAUUAUGAAAACUGAAAAAUAGGAUUGGUUAGUUUUAUAAAAAGAACCUUUAAUGUUAAUUUUAA